AUCACCUUACCUCUUCUCUCCCAGCUUCUUCUCGUUGCAGAGAGAGACAGAGUGUUUAUUUACCCAUUUUUUUUUUUUUUUUAAAUUUUUACUUAAUUAUAAAAUUAUUACACCCCACACGCACUAAAUCCUAAUCCAAGUUUUUGGAGAUCUCUCAAUUUUUUUUUUUUUUUUUUUAAUGAAUCUGUCUUAAAUUUCUUCAACUGUUUCUAUGAAAAUCUAAUCUAAUUUUUCUGUUUGCCAUCUAUGUAAACAUGUUAUAAUGAUUAUCCUAUCAUAUUCUAAUCCUGUAGAUCUAUUGCCUUAUUUCCCUCUUUAAUUUCUUCCAUAUCUUUUUAUUUUCUUCCUCUUUCUUCUUUGUACUCUUGAGUUUUGCCUUUUAAUUUCAACCACGAUUUCAUCUUCGGAGCCUAUAAAUUUCGGUGUUGGAUGUGUGUUUGAGUCAUCAAACUCUCAAAUCUUCAACAUUUUGCAUUCUUUUUUUCCGAGCUUCUGAUUAAAUUCAGAGGAUUGGAGUUACUACGUAUUCAAACCCUCGUUCUUUUUCCUUUUACAUCACUCAGUUUUACAGACCACCUAGGGUUUCUGUUUUUUUUUUUUUUAAUAAUUCUGGGAUGGACUGUGGUCGGGAUUCGGGUGGGAAUGUAGUCCAUGUGAUCACUGGGAACAUGCCAGCUGAGAAUUGGAUUCCAAAUCCCAACGAUCAAGUUUGGGCCACUGAAGAGGACUACCGCGUUUGGACCAACCCGGAGGCGUCAAACGACAACGGUUCCAGCUCUAACUACGACCAACGCCCCUCCCAAACACGGUCUGGAAGCGAGCAGCCGCCGAGCAAGAAGAACAGGAACUCCCAGGAAGCAAAUUCCUCUACCAGCAACCGGGCCAAGGCAAUCGGUAAGAUGUUCUUCAAAACGAAGCUGUGCUGCAAGUUCAGAGCAGGGACGUGCCCUUACGUCACCAACUGCAAUUUCGCCCACAGUGUGGAGGAGCUACGGCGGCCCCCUGCUAACUGGCAGGAAAUCGUGGCUGCGCAUGAGGAGGAGAAAGCUGCGGCUGCGGCAGCUGGGAAUCCCGUGGCGGAGCCCAGGGAGGAAUUUCAGAUUCCUUCACUGGGAUCUUCUGCAUUUGGAGGUGAAAUGGGGAGGUCGUAUAAGGGUCGACAUUGCAAAAAGUUUUACACAGAAGAGGGAUGCCCCUAUGGGGACAACUGUACGUUCUUGCAUGAUGAGCAGUCCAAGAAUCGGGAAAGCGUUGCUAUAAGCUUGGGGCCGGGUGGAUAUGGAGGUUCUGCUGGGAGUGGGAGUGGUGCUGCAGUGGCUACUGCCGCUGCCGGUGCCGGUGCCGGUGCUGGUGCUGGUGCCGGUGCUGGUGCCGGUGCUGGUGCUGGUGCUGGUGCCGGUGCUGGUGCUGGUGCUGGUGCUGGUGCUGCCCAAAAUGUCAAGCCUUCCAACUGGAAGACAAGGAUAUGUAACAAGUGGGAAAUCACGGGGUAUUGUCCCUUCGGAAAUAAGUGCCAUUUUGCUCAUGGCGCUGCAGUUGUAGAGGUGCAACACGAGGGGUAACAAGGUGUUUAUUGUCUGGUGAACCAGACACUAUGUUGCAUUUGUCCAAUAUAAAAGAUGUUCUCGAUUUGGAAAAACUGUUUUACAAGUUUUCAUUAGUAGCAUUUGGUCCAUAAAAAUUAUAGCACUGACAUUGUAAAAGAGUCUAAUCCUGUGUUUGGUGGCAUAAGGAGUAAUCUAAGGAAAAAAAAAGUUAUAAUUUGAGGAACCAUGGACUAACUUCUCCUUGAAAUUCUUACCUCUCCUAUUUUAACAACCAGAUUUUACCAUAGAUAAUAUGCCUUGCAUCUAGAAGAUUGUGGGAUUUGGCUCUCAAUCUUUUCAACCUUUCCUGGGCAGUCAGUGGCUUCGUGGCUGAUGAAAUCUGGACUUAGGAUGGCAUAUAUGCUAUCAGAGGUAGGAAAAAACCUCAUAUAACUCAUUCCAUUGGCUGCUGCUGUGUUGAUGAUCUGUACAACAGAGUUUUUGAGGACAUUCUCUCUUCUUUUGUUAAUAUUGGAGAUCAUUGGUUCUGGACCUUGUGUUUUUUGUUUAGUAGAAGUCAUUCAAUCAUGUCACAGGAGGAUCUGGGAACCUUUAUCGACAUUUUGUCCUCUUCAGGAUAGUUUUCUUCCAUUUCUACAGGGGUGGCCCUUCCUUUGGGCCUCAUUGAUAUAUAUUUUCUUUUCUCUGGAAAAGAGUUCCCUGAGCAAUCCUUCUUUUCUUGAAAAGAACUAAUUAAUUUAUAAAUUACAAACAACUCUUGGAACCUUAUUCUUCCCGUCCUAUCUCUCUCUCAACAAUGUCAGUGUCGGUGGCAAUCCCUCUUGGCAGUCUCAGGCAUCCAUCAUGUCAAGGUUUUUUUCUUUUUCUUUUUCUUUUUAUUUUGCUUAUCUAUUUUAUUAAAUUUAUUUUGAUUAUUUAUAUUUUGAGUACAAUGGUUUUUUCAAUCGUUAUUAAUUUAAAUUUGAACUUAUUUUUGAAUUGUUAGUAAUUGUUGGAAAGUACACUUUAAUGUAGUUUACUAAUUUAUGUUUUAAUAACAUAAUUUAUUAAUUAAUCAAUACAUCAAAUUAAAUUGAUUUUCUAUUUAAAAGUAUUUAGCACUGUAAUUAACUCUAAAAACUAUAUAAAUUAACAUUUAACAUCACAAAGGCAUUAAAGUGACUGUAAGUUUGUUCUUUCGGGGGGAAAAAAGUGACUCUAAGUCUGAUAUUAUAUUUUAGCUUGUUUGGUAGUUAGCAAGCAUAACAAUACACAACGAUUUCCCACCAAUCCUAUGCAUAUCAGAUAAAAUUUUAUUC